GCGUGCUGACAAGGGUGGGUGGUAACCAGUUGAUUAUAAAAGCCUGCAGCCUCCAAACAGACAGCACUUUCUAGAAAAGUUUCUGAUAAACAGCUUCAAACAUCCAAGGACACAAGUACUUCUUCUUCUUCAGCCAUGACUGAGAGGCGCAUCCCUUUCACAUUCCUCCGUACUCCAUCCUGGGACCCGUUCCGUGACUGGUACCAGGGCAGUAGGAUCUUUGACCAGACAUUUGGGAUGCCAGCAUUACCAGAGGAGAUGCAUGUUUUUCCCAGCAGCCACUGGCCUGGCUAUCUGCGCCCUUCCAUAGGUGCUGAUAUGGCCUCCUUGAUGCACAGUGCUCACAUGCCUGCACCCAUCGUGCCUCAUCCAGCAACCUACGCCCGUGCCUUGUCACGCCAACUCAGCACUGGGAUGUCUGAGAUCAAGCAGACACAGGAUGGCUGGAAGGUGAGCUUGGACGUCAACCAUUUUGCUCCUGAAGAGCUCUUGGUGAAGACCAAGGAUGGAGUGGUGGAGAUCACUGGAAAACACGAAGAGAGGAGGGACGAGCAUGGCUUUGUAUCUAGAUCCUUCACUAGGAAGUACACUCUGCCCCCUGGUGCCGAUGCUGAGAAAAUCGUCUCCUCACUCUCCCCUGAGGGCGUCCUGACAGUAGAGGCGCCGCUCCCCAAACCCGCCAUCCAGUCUUCGGAGAUCACCAUCCCUGUAAACACAGCCGGCGCUGUCGAGCAAAAACAGGGCGGAACAAAGUGAUGAAGAGGAGAUGAAAUGUUUUCAGGCUGACAUUUGAGAUAGACAAGACGCCAUUUUGCAUAUUAUUGCAUGCUCUAGUCUCGGCCUUUUCAAUGCAUGCUUUUUAUUGUAUGACAUGGGAUUGAUACAUUUCCUGUUUUCCUCUUUGCCUUUCUUGUGUGUGUGUGUGUGUGUGUGUGUGUGUCACCAUUACCAUAUGCACUACAACCAUAUGUUAGUUCUACUGUAAUUACACACUUCCUUUGAAUAACGGACACUCAUGCAAACACACACACACCAUUUGUUGGCAAGAACUGAAAGCAAUUUACACACUAGCUAAUAGAGGGGUGUUGGUUUCUUUGACACACAAACGCAUAAGUAGCACUGCACACACAGAGACAGCCUUGACACCACUCACACACCUCUGAUCCCCGAACAGAGCAGUUACUGUAUUUCCCUCCCUCUGGCACAAGAGAAUAAACGGUAUGAAAAGGUUUCAUGGAGUGUUAAAGCUGUAUAAUGUUCUUAUAAUGAUUUAAGAAGAGAAAUUUGGAAGAUAAUUUAGCAGAACACAAUGCUAUGAACUUUUCGAUUUACUUUUGAACGUAAAGCUUCACAUUUCUGUAUGUUCUGAGUUGUUGUUAAUAUUUGACACAAUACUUCGCAGUGUUGCACGUUGAAUUUAAAACUAUACCAAAACCACCUGUCAUAUGAACAUGUCGUCAAAUGAAGCAAGCUGUGAAUGGGGUAACCCAGACACUGAGCACAUUUUCACAUGUAUGACAGUUUCAUGAGAGACAACAUAAAAUUAAAUUCACAGCACGUUG